AUGGUCCGGAGUUAUGGCGAACGCGGGGCAAUCCCGGAGCAUCUACAAGAGACGGGCCCCCUCACGGGUCACGGGCCUUCGAGCUCCUCGUUUGUUGCCCCAGUAUCAAAUUUUUUUUUUCAGUCCAUUGCUGGAGCAUGCCUUGGAGCUGGAUUAGGUUAUGGCCUCGCUGAGCCUUUCGGUUACGCCGGCACUCUCGGUGCUCCUUGCGGAGCGUACGGUGGUUAUGGUGCCUACGGUGGCUACGGACUUGGUGCCGUCAGUGCUUCCUACGGAGGAGGUCUCGCAGUAACCAGUGCUUCUGAAUACCCUACUGGAGUAUCUGUUCUCUCUGAAAACUUCAUCGAAGGACCUUUAGCUGUAGCCGGUGCUCUUCCAUUCUUGGGUACUGUGGGUCUUGAAGGUUGCCUGCCAACCGCUGGUGCUGGUGUUGUCUCAUACGGCUGUGGCAACGGAGAGGUCGCCAUCUUGGCUGAGGAUGGUUUCGGCUACGGUGGAAUUGGCUACGAUGGAUUUGGCUAUGGUGGAUUCGGCUAUGGUGGAUUCGGCUACGGUGGUCUUGGCUACGAUGGUCUCGGCUACGGUGGUCUCGGCUACGGUGGUCUCGGCUACGGUGGUUACGGCUAUGGCAUCGGUGGUUGUGGAUGCGGUGGCUACCUCUAAAUUGAAUCCACUUGAGCAACUGAUUAUGGCAUUUGAAAAAGUCAACAAGUAACCUUCCCCCGUUUUCCUCAACAAAAUUUAAUAAUACAAUACGAUUUCGGUUCCAUGCUUAUAAUAACAUACAUAUAUAUUUCCAUAAUGUGCGUUAAAUUUUAUAUCUAACUCGGGAGUUUAUGAGAAAUUAUAUUCUGAUUGAAAAAAAGCUGUUCUUUUA